CGUGCUGAUUCCAUGGAUCCCGAUUUCCCGACUGGCGACUUCUCGCGCCGUCUUCAGCAGAUGGGUAUUGCUCAGCCGAAUCCGACAUACUCUCCCUCGUCUACCGCCUCGUCGCAGCUUGGCCCUCAAGCUCCCCUAGGACCAUCGUUCGCCCCAAGCCGAAGCAACCCGACCCUCGUCGCCCUCGAAGCCCGACAGCGACUGCAGGACGAAGCGGAAGAGGAUUUCGCAGCGAUCGGCCGCGGCGUCGACGGAAGGCGGUUCCUCGACAUGAGGACUGUGGUGGAUGCUACGAAGCUGCGCGACCGUGGUGUCCCUGACAAGGACAUUGAGUCGAGGCUCAGGAUACAACCGGGGCUUCUGGGGAGGCUCGGU